AGUUCACUUGCGUGUGUGUCCCGUGGAGAAUUAAAAAACCGUAGCCUAGCAUUUGUCUUUCUUCUCAAAAAGCUCAAUCUUUUGUCUUUCUUCCUUCUGUCGUCUCCUCUGUUUUCUAAAAGUUUCGUUUUUUAUUUCUCUCGAAAAUCCUCUAAUCGUUGAUCAUGGAGAGAUCUGAUUCCAGAGAUUUCUUCAACUUUGUUCGCUCUUCCUCAGAUCAAAACAGUUCGCUCUUUGACGCAUCUCAGUAUGAUUUCUUUGGGAAAAAUCUUGACGAAAUGUCACUGGGAGGUUUAGACGAUGAUGAAGUGACCGCUCCUGUUCUUGGAAUUGCUCAUGCUGAUGCUGCUGAUGAUGAGUACCACUUGUUUGAUAAAGGAGAGGCUGCAGGUUUAGGAUCAUUAUCUGACAUGGAUGAUCUUGCCACAACUUUUGCAAAGCUAAACAGAGUUGUUACCGGGCCUAAACACCCUGGAGUUAUUGGUGACAGGGGAUCAGGAUCCUUUUCAAGAGAGAGUUCUUGUACUACCGAUUGGACACACGAUACAGAGCUCACAAGCUGGUUAGACGAACAAGAUCAAGAGGCUAAUAGAUGGUCCUCACAGCCACAGUCAGCUGCUCACUCAAAACCUUUGUACAGGACAUCCUCCUAUCCUCACCAGCCACCGCAGCUCCAACACUACAAUAGUGAACCAAUAAUUGUACCGGAAUCAACUUUCACUUCCUUUCCUCCACCUGGUAGCAGAUCUCAGCAGACUUCACCUGGAAACCUCCAUCGCGCUCCUUCUCUUCCUGGUGGUUCUCAGUUCAAUUUCACUGCACCUUCCCCGCGGUCAAACUCUGGUUUUCAUCAUUCAGGACUGUCACAGGGCCCCCACUAUGGUGGUAAUUUGACUAGGUAUGCCUCUUGCGGUCCCACGCUUGGUAACAUGGUGCAACCUCAUUGGGCCACUGAUCCUGGUCUUCUGCACGGAGAUCAUUCUAGUUUAUUACAUAGUCUGGUGCAGCAACAGCACCAACAAUUGCCUCCUCGGAAUGAUCUUAUGUCGCAACAUAUGAUGGCCCUCCAGCAGAGACAAUCAUAUGCUCAACUAGCGGCGCUACAGUCCCAACUGUACAGUUCCUAUCCUACACCAUCACGUAAAGUCCCUUUCGGGGGUAGUGAGGUUAGGGAACACAAACACAAGUCGUCAUCUCAUAGAAGUCGAAAGAACAAAGGCAUCGCCCAACAGGUAUCAGAUGCAGCUAGUCAGAAAAGUGAAAGUGGAUUGCAGUUUAGAUCAAAAUACAUGACUUCUGAAGAAAUAGAGAGUAUACUCAAGAUGAAGCAUUCUAAUUCACACAGCAGUGAUCCUUAUGUCAAUGACUAUUACCACCAAGCUCGCCUUGCCAAGAAGUCUAGAGCAAUCUCACACUUCUACCCUUCUCAGCUGAAGGAUCACCAGCCUCGGUCCCGUAAUAGCUCUGAACAGAAUCAACAAGUUCAUGUAGAUGCUCAUGGGAAGAUCACACUUCCUUAUAUUCGCAAGCCACGUGCGUUGCUUGAGGUUGACUCUUCUCCUGGCUCUAAUGAAGGAAGCGCAGGAAAACACUUGGAGCAGGAACCUCUUGUUGCAGCUAGGGUUACUAUUGAAGAUGCUCUUGGAGUUCUUAUUGACAUAGUUGACAUUGACAGGCAUCUUCAAUCCACUAGGCCUCAGGACGGAGGUGCUCAGGUCAAGAGAAAGCGGCAGAUUCUGCUAGAAGGAUUAGCGACAGCACUCCAACUUGCUGAUCCGUUCAGCAAAACCAAUCAGACUGCUAAGGAUGAUGUUGUCUUUCUCCGUAUAGCUACUCUUCCAAAGGGUAAGAAAAUGCUUACAAAGUAUGUACAACUUCUAGUUCCAGGCACCGAGAUUGCUAGAGUUGUCUGCAUGGCUAUAUUCCGCCACUUGAGGUUUCUCUUUGGCGGCUUGCCUUCAGAUACUUUAGCAGCAGAGACGAUUGUGAAUCUUGCCAAAGCAGUCACGGUCUGUGUUCAAGCUAUGGACCUCCGUGCACUGAGUGCUUGCCUUGCAGCUGUAGUGUGUUCCUCAGAGCAGCCACCUCUGCGUCCUAUAGGAAGCUCUGCUGGGGAUGGUGCUUCAGUUGUCUUGAUAUCUCUUCUCGAGAGAGCUGCUGAAAUAGUGGUGGUUCCUCGAGUGGUCCAUGAUGGUCUAUGGAGAGCCUCGUUUGAUGAAUUCUUCAACCUUCUUACCAAAUACUGCAGGAGCAAGUAUGAGACGAUCCGGAGCCAGAACCAAGGGAGUGCAGCUGAUGUUUUGGAACUGGCGAUAAAGAGGGAAAUGCCUGCUGAGCUUUUGCGAGCGAGCAUCCGUCACACCAAUGACGACCAGAGGAGCUAUUUGUUAAACUUUGGCCGUAAACCGUCGGCUAUUAUUAGUGAGUCGGCGUCGCAUGCAAGGGGUGGUCAGAUCAACAGUGAAUCUGUGAGGGGCUUACCAAAGAGAGAUAGAGAAGUGAUAACCAAUGGGGCUUAGAGGAUUACCAGGGAGUGGAUCAAACAACCAGUCAAGGGGUGUGUGUGUGUGGAGUGUGGACUCAGGAGCCAAACUUGUAAGUAACCUGGUGCAGGUGUAGGAAUCUUUUCACAAGGGUUUCAGUGCUUUUAGAUUCUGCUCUUGUUCUUUCUUACUUUGAACUCUUUUCCUAUUAUAAUGGUGGACAAAUGCAGACUCUGCUUUAUUAUGUAUUAAUGAUGAGUAGGUUGUCGGAAGAAGAAAUGUCUUCUCCUAGGGGAGCCAUAUUAUGAUGCUCUUUAUGUUGAAAACUCCAUUGUUAGGGAACAAAAUAGAGGGGUGUUUAAGAGUUUUGGAGGGAUAUUAAUGUUUGUGUACAGAAUGAUGAUGAACCCUUUAAUGGAGAAUAGUGAGAUUAGAGCUGGAAUGAGAUUAGGCUUCAAUUAGCAGGUUUAAGUUCUGGAAGCAGCUGGGAAAGUGAGUUCGAAGUUUGUUAUCUGACAUUUUUCUUUAGUCUGUAAUAAUAAUCAGAACACACGCAAAAACCUCUUUUGAAAACUGUUGGAUCUAUUUCUUUCUUUACCUCUUGCGUCUCUCGUUAGUUGUUUCAAGAUUUCAUUCUCUGGGUUCUUCUCUCUUUUUUUUUGUGAAGGAGUUGAGACUACAACACUAUAUAAAGCUGGUUUAAUCCUAGUAGAUUCUUUGGUUUUACUAAUGAUUGUUUUUUUUUGAUGACCAUUACUAAUGAUUGUUUGGUAUAGGCAAAAUCUUGAAACUACACUUUUAGAAUUUGAUUUUGUUGUUUUUUAGUACAAUACUUGCAGAUUUUUCUGCAAUGUUGAGUGACUUUGCGCCAAUGGUGAGAGACGUGUAAUCUACAACUCCACUAUGCUAAUGAUAUACUUUGUUCGCGGGAGCCACUAUUUGGUGUAACCACCGAGUUUCAUGUUUGCAUUUUUCUUAUUACUAUUUUUUUUUUUUGUCAAAGUGUAUGUGCAUUUUCAUAUUAUUAAUGACAAUUAUAUUUACUCGACAUCAGCAAAGAAAGAAAAAGUAGAAGAGUAGAAACUAUGUAUGAGUUGUAACUACGAUAACA